UCUCUUCUUUUUUUAACCCAUUCUCUCUCUAAAAGAUCGAAAGCCUUUCUUUCUCACUCUAGGGUUUCGCCAAAGUUCGCACCCAAAUUCUUCUCCGCCAGCUCCGAAUCUCGUCUCGCAGCUCGGCGUGGGUCUUCGGCGAUGGGUUUCUCUCUCCUUUAGUGUCGUUUUCUCGACGGGCCGUGGAGAAUCGGAGCUCGCCCAGACGCUGGUACUGUCGUUUCAUGUGAUGCUCGAUUGAGUUUAAGGAAGUAUAUCAAAAGUCAUCAGUGCUAAGAGGCUGAUUAAGAGCUCUUACAUGAAGGGGGGCACUAUUAUGAUGAAUAAUAAAAAGGGUGAUUCAGAUACUGUCUCCAAGAAUGUCGGAUCAUUCGUUAAGAUUGAUUCAAUAUCAAUCGAUCUUGAAGAUGUUAAUAACAAGGGUUAUGUGGAGAAGUGUGAGCACUUCUCUAUACGUGGAUAUGUAUCUGAAGUUCGUAGGAAAAACUGGAAAUUAUGUUGGCCGUUCACUUUAGGGGAUGAACAGAAUAAGUCUGAAGAGCAAAAGACUUUGCUACCCCCUUUAGAUGCUCCAAAGUUCCGAUGGUGGUCUUGCCAAAGUUGUCUGCAGGAAAUGAGUUCUAGAGGCACUGCAAAAGAUAAUGUCGCAGGAUUUAAUUCUUGUAUUGGAUCUAAAUCCAGCAGCACUUGCUCUCAGAUACCAUCCCUUUGUGAUUCUGUGAUGCCUUUCCCAGAUGAUCAACAAACUCCAAAGCCAAAUGAAGUGGAGAAAAGAAAAUCUGAUGUCUAUACUUCUACUGAUGCAAAUAGGAAUAUCCACCAACUUUCUUCGUGUAGUGACAAGAAGGAAGUGUUGGUUUCAGAAGCUCAUACUACCAUCAUAGGACAUGGUAAUGGCUCAGAAAAUGAUGCUGUUCAUGAAAUUCCCAUAUUAACCUUUGUUCCACCAGAAAUUGAUUCAAAUGUGUCUAAGGAGAAACCUAAGCAGUGCACAGAAGCUCUAAAGCUGGCAGGGAGCAAACCUAUGGAUCCCUAUAAGAAUUGCUGUGGAAAACAUGAGCUUACUGAUGUUCAGCCUGCUGCAAACAUGGGCAUGUGUAAGAGUUGCUCCAAGAUUUGCCAAACAGAAAAACAAAAGUCUGUGGAUGAACAAGAAAAGGAGUUAAAGGUUGCUUCUGGGGCAUCAGCUUUAGCCUGUUUGAAUGAAGAGGCAGGUAAAGCUGUGAAGGGACAGACAAAUGGAUAUGCUUCGCGGGUAUUAGAUGAGUGUGAUUAUGCAUCAUCUAAGAGUGUUAAGAUCUUAGCUGGAGAUAGUCUUCAGGAUUAUGCAUCAUCUAAGAGUGUUAAGAUCUUAGCUGGAGAUAGUCUUCAGGAUUAUGCAUCAUCUAAGAGUGUUAAGAUCUUAGCUGGAGAUAGUCUUCAGGAUUAUGCAUCAUCUAAGAGUGUUAAGAUCUUAGCUGGAGAUAGUCUUCAGGAUCAAAAUCACCCUCUGUCAAGUGGUUCACAGCGUAGGAAAACUCGGAAGGUGCGUUUGCUGACUGAGUUACUAUUCGACAAUGGAGAUGCGAAGACUGAUCGCAUUAGUGCAGAAAAUUCUCCUCCGAAUGCUACAAUUAAUGAUGCAUCUGCAGGGGCGGGAGCGGUUAAUGUUCCCAAAGAUCAGUUGUCUCUCCCAGAAAAUCGUGGAGAGGAUUUGGGUGAUGAUAAAAAAAGAAAAUUGCCUCAGGAUGAAGAAGGGAGAUCCCCGGAGAUGAGCUCUCUGAACAACAGAAGUAAAAAGUCUAAUAACUUAAAGGGAAACGAAGAAGCUGUCAAUGCAGUCGCGAUUUCUGAAUUAGAACAAGAAGCAUCUGCUGGAUUGUACUUGCAGAAUGGUACAAAGAACUGUGUGAGUAAAUUUGGAAAUGACAACAUUCCUAGUACUGGGAAGAAAAAAAGAAAGAAAAACCAAACUAUUGAUGCACCUUCUUCUUUGGCUCCAACUAGAGGAAGUUUGCCCAAACAAAUCCUGGAUCGAGUUGCGGCUCAAACCAAAGGUUACCUUGAUGAUGGUAUUUUUUUCAAAUUUUAUCAAGAGGCAUGCGCAAGAGGAGAGCUGGAGAAAAUUUCUUUAGCUGCUUCAAGGAAGGAGAAGAAAUUGAGUUUGUUUAAGAAGAAAAGCAAGAUGGCACAUAUUGAUGAUGGACAAACACCUCAAUUCCCUUGGAACAGUGGUUUUCAUGAAAAACAUACAACCAUGAGAAAUGAAGAAAUCAUGCAAACUGGGCCUCUACCAGUUUCCUUUCCAGCGACAGAAGAUGCAUCUAUUGAUACAGGACUGCAUCUUUCUCUUGGAAGCUGUUUUACCACAAACAAGUACAACGCCAAUGAAAUCCCGAGGACAAAUGUUGAUGCUAACUACAUUUCUGAUUCAAGCAUCCCUUCUAAAUCUGCUUCGUAUGCAUUUUUCAAGAAACGAGUGCAUGGUGAAUUCAGUAGAAACUUGGAUGCAAAUAAUGUGCCUGUUUUAAGCGGGGAGCAAAAUUACAACUCUCAGGUUGAAGAGAGUUGUUAUCCUCUAGUGAAGCAAGUGGAUAUUUCUGGUGCAAGCAACUGUGAGAAAGCAAUUUUAGUUAAGGAUCAUUCGUCAGUUAGUAGGAAACAUGCUGACAGAAUAGCUGCCAACGUGUCUGAUUCGGGAGCUUGGGAUGACAUUCCAAUGGAGAUUGUUGAACUCAUGGCAAGGAAUCAAUACGAGAGGCGUCUAGAAAAUGCUGAAAAUAAUAACCGCCUGUUAAAGACAGCAAAUGAGGGAAGGAUCAAUCAGACGAUAGAUUAUGAUAGAGUCUGUGGCUCUGGGGAGCUUAGAAUAAUUGAGGAGACCGGUCAGAGAAGAAAUCCCCGGGCCAGAAAUGGCAUAAACUCGUCAAGGAAAAAUGUUCAGUCCGGCAAACAAAAGUCAGUUGAUUAUAUUUCUAAUGUAAAUGCUGACAAUUUCAACAUCAACCAUUUGGGGCAGAAGAAGUCUUCAAGUGGCGUUCAGUAUCCUGUUAGUUCUAGCCAAUGUAGCUGUGCUCAAAAUUGCAAAUUGAAUCAGGAUAUGGCAGGACAUGGGUUUCUUAAUGCUAGCAUGCAGUUAGGACCUUGUGAGAAAUGCCCAAUUGUUUCACGGCCAAGGGAAGAAGCAGCUCAUCUCUGGUCCUCAACGAUACCACUUCACAUGCCCACAAGUUAUAAUGUUUCCCAAAAGGUGGCCUCUCAGCCUACUAACUUCAAUUUUCUUAGGAAGCAUGACCCAGGGUUUUUGAAUCUUAACGUAGGCGGCCUUGAAAAGCAUAAUCAAAACAGUGGUUCUGAAACUUUUAGCAGAAGAAAUGCAGAGUAUCCAUUUGCUAACAAACAUAACGGACUUGAGCCUCAACAAAAUUUGAUGGGAUCUCUAGAUCUGUAUUCUAAUGAAACCAUACCUGCAAUGCAUCUGCUCAGCCUCAUGGAUGCAGGGAUGCAGUCAGGUCCAGCCUUCAAUACUGGGGGAAACUCGAAAUUCCUCAAGAGGACCUGUCCUCUUGAUCACAACUCUAAGGAGUAUUCUCAGCUGGAAUUUGGAGUUUAUAGUAGACCUGGUGAUAUUAUGAAAAACCCACUUGGUGUUUAUAGUAAGCCUAGUGAUACUACGAAAUACCCACUUGAUUAUUAUGGUAAAAAUAAACUUCCUGAGAAAUCCCAUGACUUUUUCCCUCUCAAUCCAACUGGUGGUCCCUCUUCUUCCUCAUUUCAUCAUGAUAAAGGUUUCGGACGGCCUAAUGACUUUAUGGGUCAAGUUUCCUUCAGCUCUCGAAGGAAAGAGAAAGUGCAAAGCUCCAGUUUACCGGCACAGAAUAGGGGCCACAAAGCUCUAAAUCCCAUGUUUGCAAGUGGUGGUUUAGCUACAAAUCACAAUGCCAUUCCUGGUCAUGGUUUGCAGAAAGGUUUGCUUGGUGCGUCUAGUUCUAUGAUGUGCCCUUUGCAACUUCACACUACAGAGAAUUCAACAGAACUCAAGCUGGGAACCCCUCAUAAUAAUGGCACCUUUUGGCCUCCAAAAAUCAGUCCCGAGUCUUCAAUCUGCAGUAUUAACAGAAACCCAGCUGACUUUAGCAUGCCAGAAGCAGGGAAUGAGUACAUGAUUAGAGGAGAAGACUUAAAAUUCGGAAAGCUGAGGAAGAGGCCUGGCUUACUCAGUGUCGAUCAGCGCAAGCGACAGAGGAACGCUAAGCGCACUACAGAAAAGGCAAAUGUGAAAAAUUAAAUUUCAUGAGAGGUUCCAGAUUUGCAUGUGCAGGUGACUUCUUAAGAUUUUCGCCUGCUACUGCAGAAACAUACUCCAGUGGGACCAGAUGAGGCAGCUAUUUUGCAUUCAAGCAUUUGGCUCGAAUCAGAAAUUCUAACUCGUUUCGACUUGUUUGGCUUUUCGAUUUCUGAAGCUGAUCCAUGGAGAGGAUGCUGGUUGCAGGUCAAGGCCUGCUGUAUAUGCCUUGAUGUGUCUUGAACUUCUGGGAGUAAAUUAUAUGUGAUGUUUAGUCGUCAGUUUCAUUUGCACUUGUUAUAUGUAAAAGCCUCAACAUAGCGCGCCCGCCCUAUUUUCAUAAGGGUUUACUGUAGUGUUUGUCUGAUGCCUCAUUCCUGACAGGGAAGACAGGGAGCUAGCCAGCAUAUUUAUUGAAUGCGUGUAAAUUACCCCAUGUAGGGUGAUCAAUAAGUGACUUGUGGAAUACUAUACUUGAGUUGUAAUCUGUAAUGAUACCAAAAAGAAAAUUUGCAAUGUACUGCUGUUAUAGCUUAGUAGACAAUAAGACUUCUGGGACAUAAUUUUGUGGAAGCAUAAUGUAUGUCAUGUCUCUCUGUGGCUCUGUUUGUCUUUAUAUCUUAUAAUUGUAUUAUUUA